AUGGCGACCAACCUGAGCGCGGUGGCGGCGGCGGCGGCGGCGGCGGCUCCAGAGGCGGCCGCGAGGGGACACAACGUGCCGGCUCUGUUGUUCGGCGUGCUGCUGAUCGUGGUGAUCAUCUGCGGGAACCUGCUGGUGUGCCUGAGCGUGUUCACCGAGAAGGCCCUGAAGACCACCACCAACUACUUCAUCGUCAGCCUCGCGGUGUCGGAUCUGAUGCUCGCGGUGCUCGUGCUGCCGCUCUUCGUCUACUCCGAGUUCCAGGACGGCGUUUGGACCCUCAGCACCACCGUCUGUGACGGCCUGAUGACCAUGGACGUGAUGCUGUGCACCGCCUCCAUCUUCAACCUGUGCGCCAUCAGCGUCGACAGGUUCAUCGCCGUCUUAAUCCCUCUCAACUACAACAGGAAGCACGUGGACCUGCGGCAGGCGGUGCUGCUCUGGGCCACCUGGAUCGUGGCCCUGGCGGUGGCCUCGCCCAUCAUGUUCGGCAUCAACAACGUGCCGGGCCGCGAACCCACCGAGUGCAAACUGGAGAACGACGACUACGUCCUGUACUCGUCCGUGUGCUCCUUCUUCAUCCCGUGUCCCAUCAUGCUGCUGCUGUACUGCGGCAUGUUCCGCGGCCUGCGGCGCUGGGAGGAGGCGCGGAAGGCCAAGCUGAAGAGCAGCAUCCAGGCCUGCCGCAAGCUGCAGGAGGCCGCCGCCUCGCUGCCGCCGCUGGCCUCGCUGCCGCCGCCGCUGCCGCCCGUCAUAGAGCGAGAACCGAUGGAUAAUCAAGACGAGCCGCCCGCCUUCCCGUCCGCGGACAAGCCCUUCCCCUCGCCAGGGUACAGGGACGGCCCCGUGCCGACUGUCAGCUUCAACGAGAUCAAGUUCAACCCGGACCCUCGCCGGAGGACGACGGCCAAGAUCAACAGCCGGGAGAGGAAGGCCAUGAAGGUGCUUCCUGUCGUUGUGGGUGCCUUCCUGUUCUGCUGGACUCCCUUCUUCGUCCUCCACACGAUGCGAGCUCGCUGUCAGGACUGCCACGUCCCAGCGGCCCUGAUGAGCGUGGUGACGUGGCUCGGCUACGUCAACAGCGCCCUCAACCCCGUCAUCUACACCGUCUUCAACACCGAGUUCAGGAAGUUCUUCAAAAAGUUCCUGCACCGAUGCUGCUCCAAGGGCGCCCAAUGA